AGGUUCUGCUGCAAUAGUUCCUAACCAUGUAAUGAUUUCGUCUACAGCUGAUAUAGAAAAAGGAUCAGAGAACUCUCAAUUUAAGAAUGUUUUGAUCCCGUCUUCAUUAUUUUCGCAAAAUUUUGUAUAGACACAACGUAAUGCAACUUCGCCAAUGCUUUUAAAUCCAUUCACGCAGCCAUUCACGCAGGUGUGCGUUCGGUAAAUUAGAUAACGUGACUAGCAGAUGAUAAACGCAGUGGAUGCGCUAACCGCUGCAUAAACGAAUGCACCCUAGGGGAUAUGAUAGUUUUCCCGCGUUUUUAAUGACACACGACAUAUUAUAGUGCAUUAUAAUCAAUUACAAUUGAAAUCAGCUGAUAUUGUGAAAGAAGAGGGUGAAUUACUGAGGGUUCAAAGCGUUUGCUUAAUGCGCAGACGCAACUUUAUUCCCACGACAGCGCAUCACUGCCUAUAAUACUUUAGUUUUGAUCACUUUUGAACAGCAGUCGACGCGCCGCCGUUUUGGGUUGAUCACAUAUGUUUCAUAACAGUCUUAACCAGUCCUCGUCCUUGGCUCUGUUAGAAUAGUUUGUGUUCUAGUAUAAAAUUAGGAUUUUUGGAUACGAAUUCUGCUUUAAGAAAAGGAUUUAUACCAGAAAAAAGUUGCUGUGAAAACACUCUUACAUCCAUAUUCGAUUCACUGUUCAACGGCUUAUCAUGUUCAAGACCGUCGUAAGAACUGUUGGCCGCCGUUCGUUUUCCACGUCGAAAUGGGUAGCGGCACAGCAGAUGACUGUACGAGAUGCUUUAAACUCAGCCCUGGAUGAGGAGAUGGAGAGAGAUGAGAAAGUAUUUCUUCUUGGCGAAGAAGUGGCUUUGUAUGAUGGUGCGUACAAGGUCUCUCGAGGUCUCUGGAAGAAAUAUGGAGACAAACGUGUUAUUGAUACACCAAUUACGGAAGCUGGUUUCACUGGUAUUGCAGUUGGAGCUGCAAUGGCCGGCUUGAGACCAGUUUGCGAAUUUAUGACGUUUAAUUUCUCGAUGCAAGCGAUUGAUCAUAUUAUCAAUUCUGCAGCUAAGACGUUUUAUAUGUCUGCGGGCAGAGUUAAUGUGCCAGUUGUGUUUCGUGGUCCCAAUGGUGCUGCUGCAGGUGUUGGAGCACAACAUUCACAAUGUUUCGGCGCAUGGUACAGUCACUGCCCUGGUUUAAAGGUAGUGUCGCCUUACAAUAGCGAAGAUGCCAAGGGUUUGCUGAAGGCAGCGAUUCGAGAUCCCGAUCCAGUAGUGGUACUUGAAAACGAGAUAUUGUACGGUGUACAAUAUCCUAUGUCAGACGAGGCUCUGUCUAAAGAUUUUGUCUUACCCAUUGGCAAGGCUAAAGUAGAGCGGGUGGGCAACCACGUGACGUUGGUAGCACAUUCCAAGGCUGUCGAAGAGUCGCUUGAAGCGGCUAAUGAACUCGCUGGAAAAGGAAUCGAGGCUGAAGUGAUAAAUCUUCGUUCUCUCAGGCCACUAGACAUCGACACUAUCAUACAAUCUGUAGUGAAGACAAAACAUCUGUUGACUGUCGAGCAGGGUUGGCCACAAUGUGGCAUCGGCGCAGAAAUCAGUGCAAGGAUUGCCGAAAGUGAAGCCUUCUAUCACCUUGAUGCUCCCGUAAUACGUAUCACGGGAGUUGAUACGCCUAUGCCAUAUGCGAAAUCGCUGGAAAUCGCGGCCUUGCCACAAAUUAGAGACAUAGUGAAUGCUGUUAACAAAGUACUAGGUGUCACGCAGUAAUCAAUUAUACGCGAAUAUUUAGGUGAAAUUACUAUAUUUCUACAGCUUUCCUAAUACAUCACAGUUCCUCUCCUUUUCCCAUUUAAUUCGCCAUUUGUUUAGCUGGUAUAUUCUAUCUCUUUUAUCUCUAACGUUGAAUCACACACAUUGAUAAUAGUAAAACGAGUACAGAGAUAAAUAAGAGAAAGCAAGUAUGUACAAAGUCUCGAUUCUGUAUAAUAUUCAGUCGUCCUAGAUAGAAUACUU